AUGGACCCGUUCCAAGCGCGCUUGAGCCAGCGGGCGAUGCGCAACCCGUACAAGCACGACGAGGACGCGCUGCCCGUGCGCAUCAAGACGGCGGUCGGCGCGUUCACCUUUGUCUGCUUUCUCUUCUUCGUCUUGACGCCGAGUGCCCCGAGUGGCGGCGAGCCCGGGCGGGCGCUGCGGCAGGUCGCGCUGCCGCCGACGCCGCUCGCGAUCAUGACGUUCAACUUGCGCUUUGCGGGCGCCAACGACGGCUACAACAGCUGGGACUACCGCAAGCAGCACGUGUACGACCUCGUGAACCGGUACCAUCCCGUCAUCAUGGGCACGCAAGAAGGGCUCAAGGACCAGCUCGCUGAGCUCCACGCCAACUUGGCAGGCAACUACGAGCGCUUUGGCGUCGAGCGUGAGCCCAACGGCGAGUUUGAGCAGAUUUUUUACGACGCCGACGUCCUCGAGCGCCUCGACGGCGACAACUACUGGCUCUCGGACACACCCGAAGUGCCACACGAGACGGCAUGGGGUGCGCCGUGCGUGCGCAUGGUCACAUGGUGUCGCUUCCGCCUCAAGGCGACGCGCCAAGAGUUUGUCUUUAUCAACACGCAGUUUGACCACCGCAGCGAAGAGUCGCGCAUCAAGAGCGCUGCGCUCAUCUGGGACCGCAUCCAGGCCUUGGACGAUUCGCUGCCGGUCUUCGUCGUCGGCGAUUUCAACACGUACCGCCACACGUCGGUCUACUCGUACUUGACGACCGAAGCCGGCGCGAACCUCGCCGAGGCGUGGCAGACGGCCGACCACACGAUCGGCGAUGUCUCGUACACGUACCACGGGUGGGCCGGCGUCGCCGACGUCGUCCGCGCCGAGAACCACAUUGACUGGAUCCUGUACCGGCCGCGGACCCUCAAGGUGCUCUCGACCGAAGUCAUCACCGAGUCGCGCGAUGGCCGGUACCCGUCCGACCACUACCCGAUCCAGGCCUCGCUCCUUCUUCCCAACGUCGACGUCCUCCCGGCGCCGCGUGCCCACUAG